AUGGGAAGGAUCGCCGGGCAAAGAGUACUGACUCUCAAGCAGCAGGUACUGGUCUCCUUCUUCGUGUCUUUGUUCUAUUGCGCGUUUUCGGAGCAGAUCCGCUACUCCAUUCCAGAGGAGAUGGCAAAAGGGUCAGUGGUGGGCAACCUCGCCAAGGAUUUGGGACUAAAGGUACAGGACUUGCCAGUUAGAAAGCUGCGAGUUAGCGCAGAGAGGGAAUACUUUAGUAUCAGCUCAGAGAGCGGAGACUUGCUGGUGAGCAGCAGAAUAGACCGAGAGGAAAUGUGUGGAAGGAAGCUUAUGUGCUCGCUUGAUUUCGAAACGGUUGUCGAAAAUCCACUCAAUAUUUUCCAUAUAACAGUGAUCGUGCUAGAUAUUAACGAUAACGCUCCGUUAUUUAAAAGAACGCCUGUAGAUUUAAAGAUCUCAGAAUCCAUUCAAGUAGGUACGUCCUUUCCUCUAGACCCCGCUGUGGAUUCAGAUGUUGGGACUAAUUCUCUGCAAAGAUAUUACCUUGAACCAAACAGUUUCUUCGAUUUAACAGUGAAGCAGAGUCCAGAUGGCAAUAAAUACCCUGAAUUGAUGUUGAAAAAAUCUCUGGAUAGGGAACAACAGAGUUCACAUCAUUUGGUCUUGAUGGCCCUGGACGGUGGGCAGCCAGCCCUAAAUGGCACAGCUCAGAUCAGAAUCAAUGUAGUGGAUGCCAAUGAUAACCCCCCGGUUUUCAGUCAGCAGGUCUACAGAAUCAGUGUGAGCGAGAACCUGCCACCAGGCUCCUCGGUAUUGCAUGUGACAGCCACUGACCAGGAUGAGGGAGUUAAUGGGGAAAUUAUUUUCUCCUUUCAAAAUAUAGAAGAGGAUAUGAAACUCUUAUUCGACUUGGAUGAAAAGACAGGAGAGAUCACGACUAAGGAUAAUUUGGACUUCGAGAAAACUAAUAGUUAUACACUAAGCAUAGAGGCAAAAGACUUUGGAGAUCUAGCAACACAUUGCAAAAUCCACAUAGGCAUUCUCGAUGAAAAUGACUGUGCUCCCGAAAUGACUGUGGCAUCUGUGUUCAGUCCAGUUCUAGAAAAUUCCGAAUCUGGCACUGUAGUUGCGUUUCUGAAAAUCCGUGACAGAGACUCAGGAGAAAAUGGCGAGGUUAUCUGUUAUCUUCAAGGAAAUAUCCCCUUUCAGUUAGAAUCCUCUUCUAAGAAUUACUACAAGGUGCUGACAGACGGAGCUCUGGACCGUGAGCAGACCCCGGAGUAUAACAUCACUGUGAUUGCCACUGACAAAGGAAUCCCUCCUCUAUCCACCAAUAAAACCUUCAUUCUGCAUAUAGCAGACGUCAAUGACAACGCCCCCGUUUUCCUCCAACCUUCCUAUGUGGCUUAUGUUCCCGAGAACAAUCCUUCAGGUGCAUCUAUUUCCUGUGUCUCAGCAGUGGACCCAGACCUGGAGCAAAAUGGCAGCUUGACCUAUUCUAUCAUCUGGAGCGAUCUCCCUAUCUUACCACUGUCCUCCUACGUGUCUGUCAAUGGCCACAGAGGAGACAUCUUUGCACAGCGCUCCUUCGACUAUGAGCAGGUCCGCACCUUCGAGCUGAUUCUUCAGGCCCGUGACUCUGGCUCACCUGCUCUUAGUGCAAAUGUUUCAGUUCGAGUGUUCAUCUUGGAUAGCAAUGACAAUGCCCCAGUCAUCCUCUACCCGGCCCUGGGGACUGACAGCACGAUCCUCUUCGAUAUGGUCCCUCGAUCUGCUGAGCCUGGAUUUCUGAUCACGAAAGUAGUGGCAGUGGAUAAUGACUCAGGACAUAACGCCUGGCUGACCUACCGGGUACUGCAGGCCACUGAUCCGGGGCUCUUCAGCCUGGGACUGCGCACAGGUGAAGUCAGGACAACUAGGACUUUAGCUGACAAAGAUGCAACUCGGCACCGCCUGCUAGUCUCAGUGCAGGAUGGUGGGCAGCCCCCUCUCUCAGCCACUGUGGCUCUGCACCUGGUCUUUGCAGAUAGUUUGCAUGAGGCGCUGCCUGAGAUGAUGGAGGAGCGCACGGAAAUUCCACACCCCCAGUCUGAGCUACAGUUUUAUUUGGUAAUAGCUUUGGCCCUAAUCUCAGUGUUGUUCCUUAUCACAGUGACACUGGCCAUUGCCCUUCGCUUAGGAAGAUCAUCCAAUUCACCUAUAUUAAGAUGCUUCUCUGUGGAUUUUUGUUCUAAAACUGGGCCCAGAGUGCCCCCAAACUACAGUGAAGGAACUUUACCAUAUUCUUAUAAUCUGUGUGUGGCCUCUCAAGGGGAAAAGAUGGAAUAUAAUUUUCUGAAAAUGACUGGGGAAAUGUCACUCCCACAGGAUUUCCUCUUUAAUGAUGUUUCUGACAUCCUGAAUAAUAGUAGUGGGGAACUUCAGAUGUCCUCUGACAUAGUCAUUCCUUCUCACGUAAGUUUUUGCAAUCAUUUCUUCGGUUUUUGUUUUUUGCUUUUUGUGCAAUAUCUUAAUUAG